AAGAAGGGGAAUCGAAGUAUCGUUAGGCGGGACACAUGACUUAAUCAGACCAGUUCAGUUUCAACGUCUUGACCGAGAAGGGACUGCCGGUUUUAUUGUUAGGAGUAACAUGGAUUCACCUUGGUUAAAAUAUCAAUUUACAGAAGAAUCAUCGAUUAUAUCGGCGUACAAUAGCAAUAAUCCAUUUCCAAGAAGACCAUGGCUUCAAAACGGUCCGGUUGCGGCUGCUGUUGGUGGUACUAACAUCGGUUUCAAAGGAAUCGUAGCUGGUGGUAUUACUGGUGGUAUAGAAAUUUGUAUUACAUAUCCAACGGAAUAUGUAAAAACACAACUACAAUUGGAUGGUAAAAGUGGAGCUGGUAAAGAAUACACAGGAAUAUGGGAUUGUAUAACAAAAACUGUAAAGACUCGUGGAUUCUUUGGACUAUACAGAGGUCUAUCUGUUCUCCUUUAUGGGUCUAUUCCAAAAUCAGCAGUACGUUUUGGUGCUUUCGAGUCAAUAAAGAAAAGAUUGGUCGACGAUGACAGAAAUCUGAAUGCUCAAAGAAAACUUUUGUCAGGACUUUGCGCUGGUGUAUGUGAAGCUGUUUUUGUAGUGACUCCUAUGGAAACUGUCAAAGUAAAAUUCAUUAAUGAUCAAAGAUCCCCAAAUCCCAAGUUUAAAGGAUUUUUUCAUGGUGUAAGAUUGAUAGUUAAAGAAUAUGGAUUUAAGGGGGUAUACCAAGGUGUUAUGCCUACUAUUUUGAAACAAGGUUCUAAUCAAGCAAUUCGAUUUUUUGUAAUGGAAACAUUAAAAGACUGGUAUAGAGGUGGUGACAAUACUAAAAAUGUUCCUAAAGUUGUUGUUGGUGCAUUUGGUGUCUGUGCUGGAGCAGCUUCAGUUUUUGGAAACACUCCUAUUGAUGUUGUAAAAACUAGAAUGCAAGGUUUGGAGGCAUCGAAAUAUAAAAGCAGUAUAGAUUGCGUUAUUCAAGUUUGGAAAAAAGAAGGUCCAUUUGCUUUUUAUAAAGGCACUAUUCCAAGAUUAAGCAGAGUAUGUUUGGAUGUUGCUAUAACAUUUAUGAUUUAUGAUUCAUUUAUGGAUCUGUUUAACAGUGUUUGGCCAUGAGAAAAUUUGCAUUUAUAGAAUUUUUAUUUCUUUAUAUUAUCGUGAGUGAUAUAUCAUGUAAACCUUAUGAGCAUGUUUGCGUAAUAUGUUCGUACAGUAAUGAUUGAAUUUUCUUCUUUAUAGUAAAUUAAUUAUUGUUUAGAGAUAUAGUUUAUUAAAUUCGUAAACUUUUUUGUUUU